ACGACUCCCGCCAGGCGCCGCGGCGCAGCGCAUGAGCCCUGCUCGGCUCCGGCGCGUCUAUUAUGCUGCCGGGGCCGGCGAGCCAAAGAGGAGCCGGCCGCGCGGGCCGGGAGGGGACGGCCGCCGGAGCCGCCGAGGCCAAGUGCUGCCUGGUCGGACCUGGAAAUGGGAUGUCGCGCCUCCGCGGGGAGCACAGAGGAAGCGAGGGCCUCCCUGAGCCGCUGCUGUGACGGCCAGUGAGCGAGCCGCCGGAGGAUGUCCACCACGACGACAGUCGCCCCCACGGGGAUCCCCGUGGCCCCGGGCCCUGUGAACCCGCCCCCGCCGGAGGUCUCGAACCCCUCCAAGCCCGGCCGCAAGACCAACCAGCUGCAGUACAUGCAGAAUGUGGUGGUGAAGACGCUCUGGAAACACCAGUUCGCCUGGCCCUUCUACCAGCCCGUGGACGCCAUCAAGCUGAACCUGCCCGAUUAUCAUAAAAUUAUAAAAAACCCAAUGGAUAUGGGGACGAUUAAGAAGAGACUAGAAAAUAAUUAUUAUUGGAGUGCAAGUGAAUGUAUGCAGGACUUCAACACCAUGUUUACAAAUUGUUAUAUUUAUAACAAGCCCACAGAUGACAUAGUGCUAAUGGCCCAAGCCUUAGAGAAAAUUUUUCUGCAGAAAGUGGCCCAGAUGCCCCAGGAGGAAGUUGAAUUAUUACCCCCUGCUCCGAAGGGCAAAGGCCGAAAACCGGCUGCGGGAACCCAGAGUGCAGGUACGCAGCAAGUGGCGGCCGUGUCCUCUGUCUCCCCGGCGACCCCCUUUCACAACGUCCCCCCCACUGUCUCCCAGACACCCGUCAUUGCUGCCACCCCUGUGCCAACUAUCACUGCAAACGUCACAUCAGUCCCUGUGCCCCCGGCUGCUGCCCCACCUCCUCCUGCGACACCCAUCAUCCCGGUGGUCCCUCCCACGCCGCCCGUCGUCAAGAAAAAGGGCGUGAAGCGGAAAGCAGACACGACCACGCCCACGACGUCCGCCAUCACCGCCAGCCGCAGCGAGUCGCCCCCGCCCCUCUCGGACCCCAAGCAGGCCAAGGUGGUGGCGCGGCGGGAGAGCGGCGGCCGCCCCAUCAAGCCGCCCAAGAAGGACCUGGAGGAUGGCGAGGUGCCCCAGCACGCGGGCAAGAAGGGCAAGCUGUCGGAGCACCUGCGGCACUGCGAGAGCAUCCUGAAGGAGAUGCUGUCCAAGAAGCACGCGGCCUACGCCUGGCCCUUCUACAAGCCCGUGGACGCCGAGGCCCUGGAGCUGCACGACUACCACGACAUCAUCAAGCACCCCAUGGACCUCAGCACCGUCAAGAAGAAGAUGGACAGCCGCGAGUACCCAGAUGCACAGGGCUUUGCCGCUGACAUCCGGUUGAUGUUCUCCAACUGCUACAAGUACAACCCGCCGGACCACGAGGUGGUGGCCAUGGCCAGGAAGCUGCAGGACGUGUUUGAGAUGCGGUUUGCCAAGAUGCCGGAUGAGCCUGCCGAGGCGCCCACGCUGCCCGCUCCCGCGGCCCCGGUGGUGAGCAAGGGCGCAGAGAGCAGCCGCAGCAGCCAGGAGAGCUCCUCGGAGUCGGGCAGCUCGGACUCGGAGGAGGAACGGGCCACCAGGCUGGCGGAGCUGCAGGAGCAGCUGAAGGCCGUACACGAGCAGCUGGCCGCCCUGUCUCAGGCCCCAGUGAACAAGCCAAAGAGGAAGAAAGAGAAGAAGGAGAAAGAGAAGAAGAAGAAGGACAGGGACAAGGAGCGGCACAAGUCCAAGUCCGAGGAGGAGAAGAAAGCCAAGGCGGCCCCGCCCGCCAAGCAGGCCCCGCAGAAGAAGCCGCCCACCAAGAAGGCCAACAGCACGACUGUAGCCGGCAGACAGCCGAAGAAGGGUGGCAAGCAGGCGUCGGCCUCCUACGACUCGGAGGAGGAGGAGGAGGGGCUGCCCAUGAGCUACGACGAGAAGCGCCAGCUGAGCCUGGACAUCAACCGGCUGCCCGGGGAGAAGCUGGGCCGCGUGGUGCACAUCAUCCAGUCCCGCGAGCCCUCGCUCAGGGACUCCAACCCCGACGAGAUAGAGAUUGACUUUGAGACUCUGAAACCUACCACGUUGCGGGAACUAGAGAGAUACGUCAAGUCUUGUUUACAGAAAAAGCAGAGGAAGCCGUUGUCGACAAGCGGGAAGAAGCAGGCGGCCAAGUCGAAGGAGGAGUUAGCUCAGGAAAAGAAGAAGGAGUUGGAGAAGCGGCUGCAGGACGUCAGCGGGCAGCUGAGCAACAACAAGAAGCCCGCCAAGAAAGACAAAGCAGGCGCGGCGCCCUCGGGAGGGCCUUCCCGGCUCAGCAGCAGCAGCUCGUCGGAGUCCGGGAGCACCAGCUCCAGUGGAUCCAGCUCCGAUAGCAGCGACUCGGAAUAGCCUCGCACUUGCCCGGACAGAAGCCCCGGUGGCCGUCGCACACGUUGACCUCUGCAGUGGCCCCUCCCAUGGUUAAUAUACUACUUCUGUUCCACUACGUGCAGACUUCUCUUUCAUCCAGUGUUACGGUGUCUUCCUGUUUUUGCUUUACUAGGUCACAGGCCUUUUUUGUGUGUACACUAGACUUUAUGAGGAGGUGUGAGUCCACAUAAAGUCUUUUCUUCAUAACCGAAUUCAGUCGCUUGGAGAUGACAACUUCAGAUGCUAACCUGGUAACCGUAGAAAAACACGUAAGACGUGCUCCAAAGGUUCCUGCAAAACCCCUUGCGUGUGCCCGACCUGGUCUGUAGCUCCAGAAGGAACGUUUUCAAAGGAAAUGUCUCUAAGAUGGUACUGUAUUUGGAAGCUGUUGGCUUUGCAAACAGGUGUCGUCUUUGUCACUUGGGCCCUGAGUUCUUACCCUCGUGUCCGAGGGCCAGCCUGUUUCAGCAGGGACUGAGGACGGACGCGCUUGCUGUGAGAACCGGCGCUGGGCUAAGCGAGCGCGGUCAUCGGAGCUCCAGGCAGAGCUUUUGCGGGUUGGGGGCAGGCGAGGGUGGGCGUGCGUGGAAGGGGGAUGUCGAGUUUUUCU